GCAUCAGAUUUAAACUCUGAAAAAAUUAACUUGGAAAAACAUUAUGCAAAACUGACAACAGCUGUCACCAAACAAGAAGAAGAUUGGCACAGAGAAAUUAACAUUAUUGUCAACAAACAGAAAUCUGAAAUUGAUGAGAUGAAAUCUAAACACCUAGCUGCUCUAAGUAAACAGGAAAAAGAUAUAAAACAGAUUACUUUCGAUAUAAAACAGAGCAUAAUUGAUCUGAGGAAAAUAUUGGACACCAAUGAUGUCUCACUAUCCACUGCUUACAAACGCAGGAAUGCUGAAUUCAGAAGUUUACCUCCUAAAGUCAGUGUUUCAUUACCAAGUUUCUCUCCUCAUCAGAUCAACACAGAACAGCUUUAUCAAAUGUUUGGUUCUCUGUCAGCAUUAUCGAUUACAACCGAUGAACAUGGUUACACAAUGAAGACACCAGAAGCUGUAUCCUGUCCUCCAUUCAAACCACUGCUAGAUGAACCAGAGCUUAUCACCUCAAUAGACACUGGGUAUGACAGACUAUACAGUGUUACCUGUCUCAGUGAUGAAGAAAUCUGGACAACUGGAGAUGACAACAUCGUGAAACUCUACAACCUCCAAGGUAAACUACUGAAAUCAAUGCAAACCAAGUCUGGGAACAGUCCACGUGACAUAGCAGUGACAAGGAGUGGAGAUCUAGUUUAUACUGAUCCUGAUAAAAGAACUGUAAAUAUAGUGAAAAAUUACCAGAUACAGGAAGUGAUCAGACUACAGGGGUGGAUACCUAACUAUGUCUGUAGUACCUCAUAUGGUGACCUCCUAGUUACCAUGGUCAGUGAUGAUAAAGAACAAUCAAAAGUUGUUCGUUACUUUGACUCCACAGAGAUGCAAACCAUUCAGUUUGAUAGUGAAGAUAAACCUCUGUAUUCAACUAAUUCCAUUAAAUACAUCAGUGAGAACAGGAACCUGGAUAUCUGUGUGGCUGACUGUGAAGCCCAUGCAGUAGUGGUUGUUAAUCAGGCUGGAAAACUCCGAUUUAGAUACACUGGCCAUCCUUCUCCUAUCAUGCGAUCAUUUUAUCCGUAUGGAAUCACAACAGACAGUCAGAGUCAAAUCCUGACAGCAGACCAAUACAGAAACUGUAUCCACAUCCUAGAUCAGGACGGACAGUUCCUCCGUUACAUCCGUUAUAUUGAAAACUGUGAUCUGAACAGUCCAUCUGGUAUAUGUGUCAACACCAGAGACAACUUCUUUGUAGCCGAGUUAAGUGGUAAUGUAAAGAAAAUCAAAUAUAUGUAA